AACAAAACCCCUUCUAUCAAAAUCCACAGAUGGGGACUUUCUGCGAAGAGAGAGACAGUGUCUGAGAAAAAGAAUUCGAAACCCAGGGUUCUUGUUGCCGUUGUUUGGAGCUGCAGAAAAUUUUUCCUUGGGCUCGAGAAAGUACAAGAAAAUGGCAAGAAGCGCCGAGGGAGGGAACUCUCCGAGAGUUAGCCCUUCUUCUUCAAACACCAACGUCAGACUGAGAGCCAGACCCGACGCUUUACUGAUCGUUUGCCGUUUCUUCAGCGUCAUAACUGCUCUGGCUGCUAUUCUUUGCAUUGUCGUCAAUGUCCUCUCUGCCAUCCGAUCUUUCACGAACGUAUCAGAUAUAUUUGACGGAAUAUUUCGAUGUUACGCGGUUGUGAUUGCAAUCCUUGUGGUUGUUGCUGAAACGGAAUGGGGAUUCAUCAUGAAGUUCUGGAAGGUAUUGGAGUAUUGGGUCGGUAGGGGUAUGCUGCAGAUCUUUGUUGCCGUGAUGACAAAGGCUUAUCCUGAAAACUAUGAGGAUCAGAACGCGCUCAUUCUUCUCCAGAGCAUAGCAAGCUACAUACUUCUCGGUUGUGGUGUGGUUUAUGUUUUCGCGGGAAUUCUGUGCAUUGGCCUUAUCAAACGUUCUCGCCAGAAGAAAGAAAUCACGGCGGAGCAAGCAGUUAGGGAUUUGCAGGAACUGGAACGGCGCCGAGAGGAACUCGAAGCACUGCUGAUUGAAGAAAGGGCUUAAGAGUUGAUAUCAAGUCCUGCACAUGGCAUGAAUUUCAUGUCUGUACACCUAUUUUGUUGUUGCAUUCUGAUAGUGUGUUGUUUUCUGAAGAUUAUUAGAUAUUACUUGGGAAGUGCAUAUUCUUUGUAGAAUUGUACAGACUUGUACUAGUUUCUUUUACAAAGCGCAUUUCAUAUACAAGGGAAAUCAUAUACAUGGGUACAUAUUCCCCUUAAGUUCAAAUGAAUCGAAUUGACACUUGGUUUUUA